AUGGUGAAUGGUGUUGAUUUUGUGAUGGACUCUGCUGUGUUGGGAACAUUUUUGGGAGUGCUUGCUGAAGAGAGAAGGUCCAUUACAUCUCGAGAAGACCUGGUUCUUAUGGAAGCACUGGAUAGCUACACAACUAUCAAUCUACCUGGCAUCAUGAUAGAACAUAUGCAGAAGGUGGCAGAGUUCAAGGAUGCUAAAGUGGGUACUCGUAAGCAAAUCUUCUCCAAGACCACCCUCGAGGAAUGUGAGUGCAUUGAUAAGGUUGGAGGGGUUGGAAACACUUUUACUAUCUCCCAGUUGAUCAACGCCCAAAAUAGUGACAUUGAUGAGAUAAGGAAGCUAAAGGCAAGGAAUGCCAUUCUUGAGGGUCAGCUAAGUCAGCUUCAGGAGGCACCUGGUUCCAGCAGCUCUCAAAGCACAGAGGUUGCCCGUUUGACCAAGGAAAAUGCCGACCUGAGGAAACAGGUUGAGCACCUGAAGGAGAAAGUGCUCAAUGAGCAGAUUUCAGCAAAUUCUCGAAUGGACAUCCUUCUCAAAACCCUUGCCUCUUUCUCUAAGCCUUCCCCUUCCAAUACCAAGAAGUUCGUNUACUCUGAGCUGAUCAAUGACCAUGUUGAUCAGAUACCAAGAAGUUCGUCAAUCUCAGAGACUAAUUCCUCUAAAGGAAGUAGCGAAGAAGGGUCCGAAGAAGACAGAACUGGCCAUCCUUCUCACCCCACUAAGGAAGUAGAGCGCGGUAAAAAAAUUCCAUCGUUCAGUCGAAAAGGACAAAUUACCAUCUUUGAUCAGAUACCAAGAAGUUCAUCAUCCUCAGAAACUAAUUCCUCAAAAGGAAGUAGUGCUGACGAAGAGGUGACAUCAUAUUCCAUCAAGAGAAAAGACGCAGAAGCAAACAAAAAAGAAUUAAAAGAUGAAGAAAAGCAUUAUAUAGGAGUUAGAAAAAGGCCAUGGGGGAAAUAUGCAGCAGAAAUAAGGGAUUCAACAAGAAAUGGAAUUAGGGUUUGGUUAGGAACAUUUGAUACUGUUGAAGAAGCUGCUUUAGCUUAUGAUCAAGCUGCAUUUUCAAUGCGUGGUCCUUUAGCAUUUCUCAAUUUUCCAAUGGAAAAAGUCAAAGAAUCACUUCAAAAUAUUAAUAUGAAUUCUAACCAAUUAUUAGAUGGAUUGUCUCCAGCUGCUGCUUUAAAGGAAACACAUAAAAUAAGAAUGAAAAAUGUGAAAAGAAGAAGAAAUAGGAAGAAGAAGAAAGCAGUUCUUGUUUUUGAGGAUUUGGGUGCUGACUUAUUAGAAGAACUCUUAAUGAGUUAAUCUUAAAAUCAGAGGCGGAGCCAGGAAUUUAACGUUAUGGGUUCUAAGUUCUAAGAUGUUAGUAUUCGGGUUCUAAAUUUUAUUUUUGUA